AUGUCAGCAAUAAUAUGUGACUUAGGGUUAAGCAAAUCUGCAACCGAUUUAGCGGACAAUGGUAAUGAAAUUGAAAUUUAUGGCGUCAUUCCUUAUGUUGCACCAGAAAUAUUUAAUGGAAAUAGAUAUACUGAGGCUUCAGAUGUUUAUAGCUUUGGUAUGAUUAUGUGGGAGUUUAUGACAGGUAGAAGACCCUUUUGGGAUAGGGUUCAUGAUACAGAACUAAUUAUUGAAAUUUAUGAUGGUCAGCGUCCUCCAAUUACAUCUGCUCCUGAAGGUUAUAUUAAAUUAAUGCAAGAAUGCUGGGAUUCUAAUCCAAAUAAAAGACCA